CCCCCGGACCUGUGUGAGUUGGUUCCGGCCUUAGGCCCCUUUUCCCGUCGGGAGGUGGCGUGGCGCCCCCUGGCGGCCCUGCCGGAGGCUCGCGGAGCCGCGGCCCGCCCGGCCCCCAUCCCGGCCCCUAUCCCGGCCCCCAUCCCCGCCUCCAUCCCCGCCUCCCGGCCUCCAUCCCUGCUCCCAUCACUACCUCCCGGCCUCCAUCCCUGCCUCCGUGCCUGCCUGCUGUCCUCGCUCCCUCCCAGCCUUUCAGCAUCCUUUCCUGUAGCCGCUGUUCCUAUCCGCCCCCCUCCCUCCCCGUUUCCCACCCGCUCCCGUUGCAGGCGCGGCGGGUCCUGCCUCGGGCAGGGCAGGCCCGGCCAUGCUGCCCUCCUUUAGUUACCUGACCGAACACAGCGGCUUCCGCGGCACCAUCAAAAACUCCCCUGCCGACUUCGUGGUGACAGAAAUCGAGGUGCCCGAGCGCUUCCCCGGGGACAGCGGGGCUGACCUGCCUCAGGAAACGAGCGAGGCGCUGCCGGAGCGGAGCGAGCCGUGCCCGCGGCAGCCCAAGCAGCGAAGAGCGGAGACCCCCGGCCCGGGUGCUCCCCUGUGUCCCCGGGGGGCUGCGCCCGGCACCGGCAGCUGUGCUGCAUCCGCCGGCCAAAAACAGCGUGAGGGAUCGCCCGAGCCGAAAUCCGGCCUCGAGGAAGCCAGACUGGAGUCCUUACUCGGCAAACCCAUGAGCGAACUGCUCGAUAAGUUUGCUUGCGAUCUGAAGGAAGCGUGGGGCUUGGAAAAAAUUCCGAGUGCUGGCACUAGGGAGCUCUCGCUAGGAACCAGGCUGGACAAGAAAAGUCGGGCUGAUUUACACAGUGCUGUUCGGCAGAAAUUCCCCUUUUUAGUCACUGUUACAAAAGACAAUGAAAUGAUUGUAAAAGAAAAUGCUGAUUACAGAGAACUUUGUCAGUUAGUGACUGAAAAGGAAGCAAGUGACUUCUUUAAAUUUUUAGAUGCAAAGCUAGAAAAUUCGACGUUUUCUUUUGAGCCUGAUGGAAACAAAGAGCACAGAAAAGUAGUUCACCACUUUCUCAAUAGAAAAUUCGGAAAACUUUUAGAAACAAAGUCUUUUACUGUGACAGAUGUCAAUGAUCAGCCUAAUAUGUCAAUAACGGUACGGUUUCGAGAAAAAUGUGGGUCCAGGAAAAGGUCUGCUGGUGGUUCCCACGAAAAACAAGGUGUUUAUACAGCUUUCACCCUUCAGAAAGAAAAUCUAGAAACACUAGAAGCAAUCGGCUUGUUGGCGGCAGAACUUGAUGUUCUUCCUUCAGACUUCAGUUACACUGGCAUCAAAGAUAAGAAGGCUAUCACUUUCCAACCCAUGGUUGUGAAGAAGGUGACUCCUGAGAGGUUGAAAGAAAUUGGAAACAAAAUCGAAAAAAAGGGCAUGAGAAUAUACAACAUACAUUCAACGUACCAGCACCUCAGGCUUGGUCAGCUGAAAGGCAAUCACUUUGACAUAGUUGUGAGAGAUCUACAACAGCACAGUCAUGACUCCUCUGCAGAUUUAAAAAAAAGAAUAUAUGAAGCAAUGGAAAAUGUUAAGACAAAAGGUUUUGUAAAUUACUACGGACCUCAGCGAUUUGGACAAGGACAAAUUGUUCAGACAGAUCAAAUUGGAUUGGCUUUACUGAGUGAAAAAAUGGUGGAAGCUGUGAAGUUGUUCUUCACACCUGAAGAUACUGAUGAUCCCAUAAACAACGCAAAAAGAUACUUUCUUCAAACUGAAGAUGCAAAGGGCACGCUUGUGAUGCUGCCAGAAUUUAAAAUAAGAGAGAAGAUGUUACUACGAGCUUUAAAUCGCUAUGGUGUAAAUCAUGAAGGUUGUACCAAAGGAUGGCUCAACAUUCCUCAUUCCUUGCGCAUAUUCUAUGUCCAUGCUUAUUGCAGUAAAAUUUGGAAUGAAGCAGCAUCAUAUAGGCUGAAGAUUUAUGGCUUAAAGGUGGUUGAGGGUGAUCUUGUCCUCUCAGAAGAAAAUGAUAAAAGCAUUUCCCUGAAUGACAAGGUUCAUGUAGUCACUGCUUCAGAAGAGUCAGCUACAAAGUAUUCUAUAUACCAAGUGGUUCUUCCAAUGGUGGGACAUAGUAUCAAGUAUCCCAAUAAUAAAGUUGGGCAGUGGUACCGUGAAAGACUUUCUAAGGAUGAGCUGGAAAUGUGCAAAUUCAGAGUGUCUUCAUUACAGCUGAAUAUACCUGGAUGCUACAGACUCAUUUUGAAGAAUGUUCAGAAUCUGUCUUAUUUUUUGGAAGGUGAUGAAAAAGGGAUCAAAAUUGAGAACAACCAUCUGAAUGAUUUAAAAGUCUCUCUUCAUAUAUCGUUUGACCUUGAUCCUUCAUGUUAUGCAACAGUCUGUCUGAGAGAAAUAAUGAAAUGUGACUUUUAAGAUUCCACUUCAUGAAAGAUUACAGGAAUAUUGUACAAUGUGGAUAUUUUAUGUGUAAUGCCAAGAACAUAAGGGAGAAUAACAGGUUCAAGUCAUGAACAGGAAAAAUUUGUAGACUAAGAUUCAUACAGAUUAGGAAAAAAACUUAUGAAAAUCCUUUAAAUGCGAAGCAUUGGGGUAAAGCUGUAUGUUAUACCAGGCAAGUCUAACAGAUCUUAAAGAAACCAUGGGCAGCUAGCAUGAAUUUCCUCUUUGCAUAGAUAUCUGACUUGCAAAGUUAAAUCCUGGAAAAGUAUUCACAGCACACAAAUGUAUCUUGUAUUUCAUAGUGGGUUUUUUUAAUGUUUUAUACUAAAUCCUGUUCAAGCAAUAAUGUUAGAAGUUUGCAGCCUACAGGUAUCAAACUGAAUAGUUAUUGUACUGAGGUUCACUAAACGUAUUGUGAUUUUAUUUUAUUUAGGCACUUAAUGUUAAAAGGUAAAAGUCCUUAGUCGACAGUGACAAAUCAUCUGUUUACUUUAUCAGACAUUUGAUGAAUGCCCCAACUUAAGUCAAUGCUAAGGGUUCCAGUAUAAAGUAGUGCACAGUUGUCAGUGCCUUUUCCAGUAAGCUCCUCAAGAUGAGGCGGUUACUUAACAUCACUGAAAAACCAUUUAUAAUAAAACCAAAACUAUGUUAUAUUGUUUACAGGAUAAAGAGUCUGUUCCUGUUACUGUGAAGCCUUAUGCUAGCACGAAAAUUAUUAAUGGAACCAACUCUGGAAAAAAAAACUUUUCUAUUUUUUUCUUGAUUAAAAAUAAAAAAAGAGGCCAUUAACUGUGAUAAAAAUGAGUGCAUUUGUGAAACGGUGGAGAACAAAAAAAAUAUAAUUUACCUUAACUUUAGCAAGGUGUUUGGCACUGUCCCACAAUAUUUUUGAAACCAAGUUAGGAUGUUUUGGUUUGGGUGAGUGGACAACCAGAUGGGUAAAAAGUGGAUGAUGAGGCUCAGGGAGUAGUGGUUAACAGGUCAUCUUCUACCUGGAGUAUCACUGGGGUAUCUUCUGGGCCCCAUCCUGUUUAAUGUCUUUGUCAGUAACCUGGACAAGGGAAUGGAGUUUACCUUCAUCGACCCUGCAGGUGACACCAGAUUAAGGGAUCAAAUGGAUAUUGUGGAGGAUCAGGCUGCUGUUCAGGGCAACCGAGACAUGCUGAAGGAACAGGCCAGCAGGAACCAUAUGACAUUCAGGAAGAACAAAUGCAAAGUGCUGCCUGUGGGAAGGAAGCACCCAUGCAGCAGCCCAGGCUGGGGAGCAGCUCUGCAGGAAUGGCUCCAGGAACCUGGUGGGUGGCCCAACAUGAGUCAGCUGUGUGCCUUGGCGGCACAAAUGACCAAGAGCCUCCUGGAUUUUGUUAACAGGGGCACAACCAGUAGGUCAAGGGAAGAUAUUACAUCUCAUUUUUCAGUGCUUGUUGGAUCACAUUUAACCUCUACAUUCAGUUUUGGUUCCUAGCACAAGAAAAAGAGAAAUAAACUGGACCAAGUUCAGCACAGGGCCUCUCAGCUAUUACAGGACUGGAGCCCUUGGUGCUGAGGACAUGCAGAAGGAACUGGGCCUCUUCAGCUUGGAGAAGAUAUUUUCGGGGGGGGAACCAACAGCUCUCCAGUAUCUAUGAGGAGGUUAGCAAAAAGAUGGAGCUAGGCUCUUCAUAGUGUGGCAGGAGGUGUUAUGUUCCACUCUGGAAGACAGAAGUAGCUUUUGUUUUUCUGCCAAUAAAUCCCUUGGAGUGAAUAAAGUAAAUCUAAACCAGAUAA